UCAGAUAGUAUCGGAGUAAACUAUGAAGAAGUCAUAGGAAAGAUUAUUAAUACUCAUGCAAUCAUGCUCAAUGUCAAAAACUCAAUUUCAUAACGUUCUCUUGAUUAAUUGCUAGACAUGAAUUUCUCCAAUGGUAAGGACUUCUCCAAUGUCACUAACUAUCUUGUUCUUUGUCUUGCAAUUGUUUGCAUGGUCAUCAAGGGUACUACUAGCUAGUGAAAAAAUAAACAACUGCAUAAGCACUACUUCAAGGCCCAUUAUGAUGAAAAUCGGUGCUGUUCUUGAUUUGGAUUCACUAGUGGGCAAGCAACAAAAAAUCGCCAUGGAAAUUGCAGUCCAAGAGUUCAAUAGCUUGAGUUGCUCCAAGCUGGAUUUGAAUAUACAAAAUUCCCGUGGGAUUUCUGCUCGAGCAAUUGCUAGUGUUAUGGAUCUCACACAGAGCAUGCGGGUGCUAGCUAUCAUAGGAACAAUAACACACAAUGAAGCAACUCUGGCAAGUGAGUUAAAUUACACCAUAAACAAGGUUCCUACAUUGUCUCUAACUUCUCCAACAGCAAGGACAAAGUUAUUAUCUCCUCAAUUGCCACACUUCAUCCAAAUUGGCGAUGAUGUCAGGAUUCACAUGCAAUGCGUUGCAGCCAUAGUAGGAGAAUUCAGAUGGAAAAAGGUGACAGUAAUCUAUGAACUUAAUAAUUGGCUUUCCUCUGAUCCAGGGAUGCUACUUGACCUCACCUAUGCUCUUAGACAAGUUGGUUCUGAGAUUGACAAUCAUUUAGCUUUGCCUUCCUUGUCCUCUCUAUCAGACCCAAAAUCAAACAUUGAAAAUGAGCUUAAAAAGCUCAAAAGCAAAAGUAACAGGGUCUUCUUGAUUGUGCAUUCUUCUUUAGAGCUGGCUAACAUACUUUUUGAGAAAGCAAAGCAAAUAGGUUUGAUGGAAAAAGGUUCUGUGUGGGUUAUAUCAGAUGGGGUUGUUGGCCUUCUUGAUUCAGUUAACCCAUCUGCUAUCUCUAACAUGCAGGGAGUAAUUGGGUUUAAGACAAACUUCAUGGAAGUGAGUGAGACAUUUAGACAGUUCAAAUUCAAAUUUCAAAGAAACUUUGCCUCGGAGUUCCCCGAGGAAGAGAAAAUUAAUCCAAGUUUCUUCGCACUUCAAUUGUACGAUGCAACCUGGGCGAUUGCACAGGCUGCAAAGGAAUCACAAGGGAAGUUUACUCCUGAACAAUUGUUCAAAAAUUACCUCUCCAGGAAUGACAAAUUACAGCAAUCACCAACCUUCAAUAUAAUUAAUGUGAUAGGUAAAAGUUAUAGAGACUUGGCAUUAUGGUCUCCAAAACUAGGUUUCUCCAAGAACCUUAUUACACAGCAGCUAACAGAGGUGAACACAGAUACUACUUCUACUAAAGUUUUGAGUACUGUUUAUUGGCCUGGAGGCUUACAGUUUGUUCCUAAGGGAUCGACUCGCAGCACCGAGGAGAGAACUCUGCAAAUAGGAGUGCCUGCAAAUGGUGUCUUUCGUCAGUUUGUGAAUGUGACACAUGAUCAGAACACAAAUAACACUUCUAUAACUGGUUUCUCAAUUGAUGUCUUUAAAGCUGUUGUUAAUACUUUGCCUUAUGACUUGAAAUACACGUUUGUUCCCUUCAAUGGGUCUUAUGAUGAAAUGGUAGAGCAAGUCCACAAUAAGACAUUGGAUGCUGCUGUAGGAGACACAGCAAUAAUGGCAUAUAGAUAUCAUUUAGUCGACUUCACACAACCUUACAUUGAAUCUGGCCUUGACAUGGUGGUUAAAGAGAAAUCAGCAAAAUCAAAAGAAACAUGGAUUUUUUUGGAUGUAUUUACAAAAGAGAUGUGGUUGAUGAUAGUUGCAUUGCACAUUUUUGUGGGAUUUGUUAUUUGGUUCAUAGAACGGCGACACAAUGCAGAACUAAAAGGAUUGGGGUCCAUGCUUUGGUUUCUAGUCAGCGUGAUAUUCUAUGCACACAGAGAACCAAUUACAAGCCCCCUGGCUCGAACUGUGUUGGCACCAUGGCUAUUUGUUAUACUCAUUGCAACUAGUACAUUCACAGCAAGUUUGACUUCCAUGAUGACUGUUUCGCAACUAGAGCCAUCUGUGUUAGAUAUCCAAACCCUUCAGGAAAGAAAUUCCCCUGUCGGUUGUAAUGGAAAUUCGUUCAUUGUGAAGUACCUGAUUGACAUACUAAAAUUCAAGCCUGAGAACAUCAAGAAAAUUAACUCUAUAGGUGAUUACCCUGCUGCGUUUCAGAACAAGGAUAUUGAAGCCGCUUUCUUUGUUACCCCUCAUGCUAAAAUCUUUCUGGCAAAGUACUCGUGCAAGGGCCUCAUCAAAGCAGGGAGCACGUUCAAGCUUGGUGGUUUUGGUUUUGUUUUUCCCAAGGGUUCGACUUUGGCUACUGACUUAUCCGAGGCAUUGCUGAAAGUGAUAGAGAAACGAGAAACAGAACAACUAGAAAAAGAUAUGCUAUUGAUAGGAGGCAAUGCCAAUUGCUCUCCUUCCGAGAGCAAGGCAAAAGGUAGGUCAUCAACAGGAUUUCAGCCUUUCCUUGGCCUAUUUUUAAUCUGUUCUUCUGUUGCUAUUCUGGCAUUGUUAUAUAAUAUGAUUUGUGUGUUCAAGAUUAGUGUAGAGAUCUUCUCUAGCUACAUGCAUGUAACAUUAACAAAAUUAAAGAGUAUGUGGAGAUGCACAACCACAUGUUUUACUUGGAGCUGUUCAAGACUCCAAUCAGGGAGUAUGAGAAGUAUUAGUACUGCCACAGUAACAAGAAAUGCCGAGGAGACUGUCAUUAGUGAUCAGCAAAGCACAAUGAAUGUUGAGCUUAUUGAUGUAGUAUUGGCUGCUCAUGCUUCGUGAGCUAUUCAUUUUUCACUGUUCUAAAAAUCAUUAUACUAACAAAGAUUUAAAUGAUUUCAGUGCACAUUUUAUUUUGGUGAUAUUGUGAUGAUACAACGUUGUAAAUACAAAGAUAAAGAAAGUUAUGUGCCAAAUUGCUGAUGAGUGAAAAAUAAUAAAUGAAAAAAAAGGUAAGAGAGAGAGAUUCAAAUCCUAUGUACCUCUUUCUUGUUAGUAUGUGGUUUCUUUCUCAAUAUACCUUCCCCUCCCCAACAAAAGAAAAAAUGUAUUUUAGGCGGUGUUUGGAAGAGUUUCUA